AUGGAGAAUUACGAAAAGAUCGAAAAGAUUGGAGAGGGUACCUACGGUGUCGUCUACAAGGCACGAGACCUCAACCAUAAUAACCGCAUCGUUGCCCUGAAAAAAAUCCGCCUCGAAGCCGAAGAUGAGGGCGUCCCUAGUACCGCUAUCCGAGAGAUCUCGCUACUUAAGGAAAUGAACGACCCCAACAUUGUCCGCCUGUUUGACAUCGUUCAUGCAGACGGUCACAAACUCUACCUCGUCUUUGAGUUCCUCGAUCUCGAUCUCAAAAAGUACAUGGAGGCCCUCCCCGUUAGCGAGGGUGGUCGUGGAAAGGCUCUACCGAAUGGAUCCGCCAUCAAUAUGAACCAGCUAGGUCUAGGAGAAGCCAUGGUCAAGAAAUUCAUGGCACAACUAGUGGAAGGUGUCCGUUACUGCCAUAGCCAUCGAAUCUUGCACCGUGAUCUGAAACCACAGAAUCUGCUUAUUGAUCGAGAAGGCAACCUUAAAUUAGCUGAUUUCGGUCUUGCGCGUGCUUUUGGUGUUCCUCUCCGUACCUAUACGCACGAGGUUGUGACAUUAUGGUACCGCUCCCCAGAAAUUCUUCUCGGUGGACGUCAGUACUCCACUGGCGUCGAUAUGUGGUCUGUUGGAACCAUUUUCGCCGAGAUGUGCACUCGCAAACCACUUUUCCCAGGUGACUCCGAGAUCGAUGAGAUUUUCAAAAUCUUCCGAUUACUUGGAACUCCCGAUGAGAACACAUGGCCUGGUGUUUCCUCCUUCCCGGACUUCAAGUCUUCAUUCCCCAAAUGGAGGCGUAACUACGAUACCCCUCUGGUGUCCGGACUGGAACCCGCAGGUCUAGAACUGCUUGAGAUGCUCCUUGAAUAUGAUCCAGCACGCCGUAUCUCAGCCAAGCAAGCCUGCGCACAUCCCUACUUCGCACAGGGCAGCGCAUACUAUUCUGGCCGUACUCGUGUUCGUUAG